AGUGUUGCUGUGGUAAAGAUGAGGUGAGACACUUUGCACAAGCUAAGUGAAAUGAGUUUAAAAGGAGUUCUUCUGUUUCGAAAUCCUUCUGGGCUGCACGAUUGUAAUGUGAUUGAAGAAGGUUUCAUACCUGAAGAGGAAAGGAAAUAACUGAUCCAUUCUUGACAUAAUUUUGACUGAACUUAGUUUAAGUUUGGAUGAACAAACAAGGAUGAUGUCGAGUUUGCUACUAUUCAAGAUGUGUUUUGAUGAAAGUCAUAUUGCCUAAAAGAAGUCAUUGCGAUCCUUUACUAACUGUACCAGCCGUCCCCUUCGCUGGACAGAAUCUCGUUGGCUUAGAAAGCAGAGUGAUUAAAGCAAGCUGCGUGUGUCAACGAUGGCUGUGGUUUACAUGGUGCUAGCUUAGAAAAACAACUGAAAGUGCGAGGUAAUGGAUUUCGGUUCCCGUAGUCAGAAGUGAUGUUAUGAUUUAAAAUAUUGAACUCCAGUUAUCAUAGCAAACUGUAAGUGCCUCUUGUCAGUGGCUCAUUCGUCACCUUGCCCACCGAAUCGAAGCUCUGUGUUGUCAAAAAAUGCCAAUGUAGCUUUUACAGGGUCGUUAAUUGUCCUUUGUUUCUCCCACGACACUACUCAGUUAUACGCUCUGAGCUAAUUAUCUGAAGUUCUUUCUUUUAAUCUUUGUUCCGAAGUAAUUUGCUUUUCGUUUAGAUUCAUUGGAAGACAAUUGCGUCGCGCAUGGCUGGCUUUGUAUGAAACUUACACCGCUGCUUUGAAGCCGUGCUCUGAUUGGUCACGCAAAUACCAAUGCUUUAUGUGAAUGUCUCUUGAGAGCAGCUCCCAUGCGCUCCUGCAGUCAUUGCCUAGAAACGGUUUCGACGCUAACCCAAAAAAACACAAGAAGUCGUAGACGAUUGUGGCAAACGAUCCUCUGCGGAAAAAAUACCACUGUAUGGAAUCACAGUGAAAUCUUCCUUCCGGUAGUGCGUGCGUUGAGAGUGGUUUUUGUCUUGAGAGGUCCGAAUUCCAUCACUCGUUUUUCUGGAGGAGUUCGCGAAAAUUUGGGAAGACAACCUAUAAUGUAAUUAAAACUUGAACUUUAGUACCCUACCAUCGAGGAACUUAGCUCUACACGCGAGAAAUUACUCAGAUUUUCCAUAUUUCGUCGAAAGUUCAACGAAGUACUGGCUUAUCGGCGACAGGGACUUCAAAAGUCAACGUUUUGUUUAAUUUUGACUCUCCCUAGCGACAACAUUUUGUUACAAAUUGCGGGGGAAUCUUAUUUGUGUGUGAUCAUCCGAUUUACGGCUCGUGUUCUUCUUGGUUAGCUACGCAGUAACAUGUGAAAUCAGCUUUUCGAAUAAUUGAGUGAACUGUCGAAACUUUCUCUUAAUUGCGGUCGAAAGGAUAUUAAAAAAAUUCCCAUUUAUCGUGGUAGGGAUUCCGCAGUUGUUAACUUUCGUCUUUAAUUAUUAAAUUUGUUUGCUUGGAAGAUCCGAGUUUACUUAGCGACUCGAGGACUUGACCAUUUAGUUGCCAAGACACCAACGAGAAAAGAUGACUACACGGAGUUCGCCGAUUCUUGUGCCUCGUUACACGGAGAAAGAUUAUCUCCAGAGUCUAAACGAUCGCUUUGCUUCCUACAUAUCUCGCGUGCGACAAAUGCGCGAGCAAAGCGGCCGUAUGGAAACAGUGAAUCUUACAAACACAACCAAGAUUCUAGAAGAUGAGAUGGUCGCUCUGAAGGGCAUGUACGAACGCCAACUAGAAGAGCUGAGGAACAAACUCGAAGAAAUGGCUCGUGAAAGAACACAGCAUCAAUUGGCUGCAGCGAAAAAUUCUGCUUUAGUGGCAGAGCUUCAGGACAAAUUAGGGGAAGAGACCAGUGCCCGCCAAAAGUUAGAAAAUGCUCUAGCAGAUGCCCAGCGAGUUAUUGCAGAAAAGGAGGCGCUGUUACAGGAUGCAAGAGUGACCACCACUCAACAUCAGAAUGCUCACAUGGAUACAAAACGGGACAGAGAUGGGCUUCAAUCUGCACUAACACAAACUCAACAAGCAUUAGAUACAGAGGUGGCAGCAAGAACUGAUCUGCAGACUGUUGCCAAUCAGCUCAAAGAUAAACUCAACUUUCAGCAGCAGCUUCAUGAAAAGGAGUUGCAUGAGAUGCGAUGUCGUCUGGAUGAUGCUGAAAGGACUAUCUUGUUGGCUGAGGAAAGAUUGCAUGAGCACAAUAUUAUUGAUGAAAAUUUGUCAGCUAUGUUGGCCAAAGUGAAGCUGCACAGUGAUGCCGAGUUGCGACGAUUCAAAGAGGAGGCAGAAAUCUCUUAUCACAAUGGGAUGAACCAGAUCCGAGCACAGUUGGAUAGUGAAAGCAGAAACCUUGCAGCUGCCACAGAUGACAACAUCCACUUGAAGGCUCAGGUUGAGUCUGUGCAUUCUAAGAACAUCAACCUGGAAGCCAAGUGUUCUAGUUUGGAAGCCCAAAAUGCUGGCCUUAUUCAAAACCUGGAAAUGGAACGCCAGCAGGCUGCAAACACCAUAAAGAAUCUGGAGGCUAAGUUGCGAGAGCUGCAAGAAGCCCUGAUGGCCAAGGUGAGAGAGCUGGGGCUGGCAUACAAUGCCCAUCUACCACUUGACCUAGAACUGGAUGCAUUUGCCACUCUAUUGGAGGCUGAGGAGAGGAGGUUAAACCUGGCCAUGGAAAGCAAGGUACCUCUAACUCCAGUCCGCUCUCGUACCUGGCAUGCCACUACAGAGAAGGUUCCUAUCCCAACUGUCAAACGACCAGCUACCACUCUGGGUAUCACACAUCCCCCUGCUGUUACAAGUACUGCAGUGAUAAGGCGUCCUGUGACACGACCCAAGACUACAGCAGGUACCUUGACUGGCACUAAAGUAAAGCCUGUAGUCCAGCCCAUAACCACUAGCAGUCCAUACCGCCACUCAUGGUCUUAUGUACCAAACUUUGUGGACUAUCACAGUCCUACAUCAAGUCAUACAGGAAAUGUCCGUAUCUUGGAGGUCAACCCAGAUGGUAACUAUGUGAGAAUCUUCAACACAUCCGGUUUCAAAGAUGAAGAGAUUGGCGGGUACAUGGUUCAACAGAAUGUUGCUGGAAGACCAGUGACAGUCUUCCGUUUUCCUCCAAGAACCCGGCUGAAGGCAUUGUCACACGCUACUGUGUGGUCGGCUGCAAGUUUGUCCAGGCAUAACCCUCCAUCAGACUUCUUGUGGAAAGAGCAGCACAAGUGGGGAACUGGACCAGAAUGUACCACAAUACUUUGCAAACCUAAUGGACAGGCUGUGGCAUGGACCACUGCUGCCUAUCCAUUUGGCGUCCCGAACCAAAUUCCCACGCGGGACACGGGACCGAUUGUCUUACCAGAGAGUGGGGAGCCAGCUAAGGAGAAGACACCUCGUUCUCCAAGGACUAAACUCGGCGGCCACGAUGCUAUGAGCAUGCAUCCACAAGCGAGAUCGCAGACGGAGAGGCCGGACCCUUCUGGGGCUAGUCGAACUGGAGGAGCACCUCUAAGAAAGUUUACUGGGACGUCUCUACCAAACAGUAAGAGUUCGGCCUCUAAAAUUGGCCAGGGAGGAUCCAUACGGGUUCUGCCAGCAACAGACUUCAGUUCACCGUCGCAGCAACAUCAAGACAGACUGAAUCAAAUUAAUAGUCAUCAAAGGGUUGAGUUCGCGCCGCCGAUGCCCAGGCCCUACGUCAUUGCUAACACAUGAUUUACACAUUCGCGAAGAAUAAAAUGGAAAAGAAUAGUGCGGAGUGGAGUAAUGAUAACAUUUCGUUGUUCACAGGAAUUUUUUUCAAAUUUAUACUAAACAAAAUUUGUAAAUAAACAGCCACUGCACGUAUAUGAAGGAACUAAGGCAAUGUCAUGUGAUGUGUGCACUAUUUUUCAAAGUUGUCAAUUGUUACUCAGUCAAAUGUCAACAAAGGAAGGGGAAAUGGAUUUCUUAGUCCGCGUUCGUUUCGGCAGUGAAAAAAUAGAAACUUUUGUUUUUACUAUAAAGGUAAGGAUCCCUUCGGAUUUGUUUAACCUGGUAAUUAGGCCUGAAAUAGCAUUUAAAGUAUCAUUAAUAAUUCUUUCCAUUUAUCUGGUUUAAGUGUAGUGAAGGAAAUUUGAUCGCGUACGAGAUACACCCUCUUCGAGCAACUCGGAGAAAAUUUAAAAUUCUCCGAAAUUGUUUUGAUGUUGAUGCUAAUGUCUUGUAAUGGUGGAAUUUAAACAUUCUGUCGAAAAAUUUCUCUAAUAGGUGUGGUACUUCUCAGUUCGGUGUAGCCUCCACAAGAAACAAAGUUUUCAUCUAGUUUUUAUGGUUUUGUUCGAAGUAAUGGUUCAUUUUACGUGAAGCGAUUUCAUUAACUUUAAUCAUAGAGAAAUAAGGGCUACUUUGCUUGAGCGCUGAAUGAAUUAUGGCCUCAAGUAUAGCGGUUUACGAAUAUGGUGGGAGUUCCUCUGUUUCCUUCAUUUGUUUUCGUUUAUGCGUCGAAGCUUCAACGUCGCUCUCCCCGGGCAACCUCCCGGGAAUUUGAAUUUUUGAACGUUGGUUUGUUCAAAUUCCAGCCCCCGAGGCAAAAAUUGUGUUCAAAUACCCCACCCAAUUUAUUUGCAGCAACCGUGACUUUCUACACAGUGACUAAGCUUGAAAACCUAGACCUUGCAGACCUUUUCUUCUUAACCAUUCGCUGGCGAAAGUGAACAAUUUUCCUCAAACACCUCCAUAUUUAGAGAUAGUACACUUGUAUUCCGCUGGAAAGACUGGACACGACUUCCUGUUCAAAUUUCCCACUCCACUUAGCCAGGCAAGGUUCAAGUUCCCCAUUCCCGGGCACGGACGACGGUCAAAUGCCCAAGGGUUGCCCGGGCUGUUGAAGCUUCGAAUUGAUCGGCGCAUUAGUUUGAGGUUAUUUUCUCCUCGUUGAACAGGUAGGACAUAAACAUGUUAUUGUUAUGUGGUGUGUGCGUGUGUGUGUAAGACCACCUGAGCUGGUUUAAGCUUUUAAUUUUCUAUUUUUUUUUUUCCUUUUUUUUCUUUUAAUUACAAUCAAGCUAGAGCAGAACUGGAUAUGAUCGUGACUGUUUCUUGCGAUUUUUUUCAUUCUUGUGUCUCGACAACAACGCUAGUGAUAAAGACAGUUACGUGGUUCAUAUCAGGAGUCAAAAGGACAAGGAGAGCCAGUUCUGAAUAAUAAUAUUGGCAUGACGUCACGUUUGGUUAUUUUUGUGUUGCAAAGGAAUAAAAAGACUUGAUUUCCCAUUCUUAA